AUGCGUUCAGUAAAGUCGCUGCUCCUCUGGGGCUUCGCUUCAUUCUCUUCAACAACCGCCGCUCUCGCAUUUCCCCCACUAUUCCACGAAACUCGGAACGCUGAAGCUUCGUCGUCAAUUGCCAAACGCGCAGAUGAAAAGACACCGAAAUACUUUGUCGAAGCCGGUCGAAAUAUCGAGCUUGGCCAUUAUGACAACCGUUAUUUCGAAUCCAAGGUUUCAUAUGAGGAACAUCGUCUCGUUCUUCGAGAUCUGAUCCGCAGUUAUUUGUUCCAUAUGAACAGUUACGGCGUGGAAACAUGGAUUGCUCAUGGAACCCUUCUUGGUUGGUGGUGGAACGGCCAGAUCAUGCCCUGGGACUACGAUCUUGACGUGCAAGUGUCUAACAAUACUCUUCAAUGGAUCGGGGACAACCUCAACCGCACGGAACACAGUUGGAACUACACAGAAGCUGCCUCGGGGGAGUUCAUCUCCAAGAGAUACCUCCUAGACAUCAACCCCCACCACGUUGAUAUCGACCGCUCAGACGGAAGAAAUAUUAUUGAUGGCCGUUGGAUUGACAUGCAGAACGGCAUGUACGUUGAUAUCACUGGCCUCCGUGAGCGCGAGGUAGAUCGCCCAGGCGUCUGGAGCUGCAAAAACAAGCAUCGGUACAAGAGCCAGGACCUGUGGCCUAUGCGUAUUACCGAGUUCGAGGGCGUCAAAGCUAGGGUUCCAUUCAACUUCAAUAAGAUCUUGGUUGACGAGUAUGAUACGAAGAGUUUAGUCACCGAGAGUUGGGCAGGGCACCGUUGGGAUCAUAAUAACAAGAUUUGGAUCAAGGAGACUGAAGAGGAAGCGAAGCAGCGAGAGCUCGGCGCCGUUGAUCGCCAUUUGGCUGAAGCAGCUGCAAAUCCACAAACCGAGGAGUCGCAGGAAGGCGCAGGGGCAUAA